GCCACUUCUACUGCGAGGAUGAAGACCAUUCUCAGCAAUCAGACUGUCGACAUCCCCGAAAAUGUCGACAUCACUCUGAAGGGGCGCACAGUUAUUGUGAAGGGCCCCAGAGGCACCCUGCGGAGGGACUUCAACCACAUCAACGUAGAACUCAGUCUUCUUGGAAAGAAAAAGAAGAGGCUCCGGGUUGACAAAUGGUGGGGAAAUAGAAAGGAACUGGCCACUGUCCGCACCAUCUGCAGUCAUGUACAGAACAUGAUCAAGGGUGUUACGCUGGGCUUCCGUUACAAGAUGAGGUCUGUGUAUGCCCACUUCCCCAUCAAUGUUGUUAUUCAGGAGAAUGGUUCUCUUGUUGAAAUCAGAAAUUUCUUGGGCGAAAAAUACAUCCGCAGGGUUCGGAUGAGGUCAGGCGUUGCUUGUUCAGUAUCUCAGGCCCAGAAGGAUGAGUUGAUUCUGGAAGGAAAUGACAUUGAACUUGUAUCAAAUUCAGCUGCUUUGAUUCAGCAAGCCACAACAGUUAAAAACAAGGAUAUCAGAAAAUUUUUGGAUGGUAUCUAUGUGUCUGAAAAAGGAACAGUUCAGCAGGCUGAUGAAUAAGAUCUAAGUUGUCCAGCUGUAGAAACAGCAAGGUGCCGAAUGAUUCCUCACACUUACUUGGGAUAUUCCUUACAUUUAUUUGUGUAAUUUUAAAGAUGGAAUAAAAGCUGUGUAUUGAUCUGGAAAAAAAAAAGAA